AUGUUUCACAGACUGGACGAUCGUGUUCUACUGUGCCUGCUGUAUGAAUGGAAGCUUGGUAAUAGCCCCAGAACGGCGUACGAGAAUCUGAAUCGUGUUUAUGGCCCGGGUACGAUCACAGAAGGAACGACAGCGAAAUGGUAUGGGAGAUUUCGAAGUGGUAGGCAUAAUCUUGAAAGGAAGACCAAAACUGGUGUGACACGUGUUGUGGAUGAAGAUGAACUGGAGCAGACACUGAAAGAGAACCCGGACUUAACUAUUGCCGAGCUUGCGAAAAAGUUUGGCGUCAGUAUGACUACAAUUUGGAAGCAUCUCAAACUGAUUUCAAAAGGCCAGAAGAUGACAUUCAUAGAUUUCAAAAAACCCGAGCAGGUCAGUUUUAUACUACGGUUGAUCAGCAUAUGA